AUGCCACCCAUCAUCUUGGCUCACCAUCGACGGACGCUGUUUUGGUGGGCUUUUCGGUAUGCGACCGUUGUAAUCGUCAUCUUCGUGGCAUUCCUCGUACCACUCAUCACUUUGGGUAAUGAUGCCGACGUCGAGGAUGACAACAUAGCCAGCAGCGUUGCAUCGAAGCAACACAACGACCUCUUGUUCUACAUCUGUCUGUGGCUAGAAGUCACUUGGGUAGGGGCUGUUGGCUCCGAUCUCCUCGGACUGGGACUUCCUUAUCUCUUCAGAUUUGUUGCAAGAUAUACCAACUCAGCCCAUCAGAGAUAUUGGAGAGUCUUGAAGUUUAUGCGACGGCCAAUUGCAUUCCUUGGAACCACCAUUGUGACAUACAUCUUCUUUGCCGCUUGUAUUAACGAAAACCCGCUUUUGGCUGUCAACAUCAAUAAAGCCCCAGACGAAUUUGCUUGGGACGAUGUGGUCGCCGAUGUUCUGCAACAGUUGACUCUUUGGGUCUGCUUCUACUUGUUGGAGAAGGUCAUGAUAUGCUACAUCGCGAUCCAUUAUCACUAUCGAGGCAACAACGUCAAACUCACCCGCACCAAGGAUCUACAAAAUGCCCUCAUUACACUGUACGACGCUUCAGUCUUUCUGCACCCACCUCACGGAGGGCUCUUUGCCAAGGAGGAUAUGGUGAUUGCCAACGCCAAAGGUGAGGCCAAUCCCUCGGGUCGAGUCAGGGUUUCUAGCUACCUCGCUCGAUUGGGUAUUGAUGGAUAUAAAAUGACUAGCCUUUUUGGCAAUUUCAUUUCUGCCGAGCCCAACGCCCACUGGUUACGUCCAGCAAGUACUUACUCAGUGAUCGAGCGUUGCUGGGCGAGCCCGGUCUCGGCUGCGGCAUUGGCAAGACGCAUUUGGUUGUCUCUUGUUGCCAAAGACAGAACAGGCCUCACGGUCGAUGACAUAAUCGAAGUUCUCGGCCCCCAUCGCAAAGACGAGGCAACCCGGAUUCUCAAGACGUUGAAUGAAAACAACAGCCCUGAUAUCCGCAUUGAAGAAUUCACUGGAAUAGUCACCGAAGGCGGUAAGUCCCGUCACGAUAUCUACCGCAACAUGAACAACAUGGACCACUGUAUCAACACGUUCGACUGGUUCUGCCUUCUAAUUCUUGCCGCCGUUAUGACGUUUUUCAUCAUGGUCGCAUAUGUGCCAGCCAUCAAGCAGAUCCAAGCAAUCCUCCAGAGUCUCGCCAUUGGUCUUUCGUUUGCUGUUGGCCGAACGUUUCACCAUCUCCUCGUAGGAAUCGUUUUCGUCUUCUUCGAUCAUCCUUACGACAUCGGAGACGUGGUAAGCGUCUACAACAUGGGCUCAACUGCUAGCACCACAUGCGUUGUCAAACGACAGUCGCUCUUGUACACUGUCUUUCGACGGCUCGAUAACGGCUGCGACCUCCAAAUCUCCAACGAUCGGCUGUCGCAAAAGAGACUUGAGAACUUUUCAAGGUCCGGCAUCAAUCGUCAGGGCAUCACCAUGCUUGUGGAUUUCACCACCAGCUUCAAGGACAUCGUCCGUCUUCGCACACUAUUGGAGGAGUUCCUCGCUGAAAACUCGAGGGAUUAUGUGCCGGAUAGUUUGGGCCUGAACGUGGUCAACCUCCACGAACUCAACAAAAUGGAGCUUCGGUUGGCUUUUAAUCAUCGGAACAACUGGUCUGACGACAAGCUCCGUGCUCAGAGAAGCAACAGGUUUCACUGCGCUUUGGUGGCAGCUUGCAGAGCCAUUCCACUUUACAAGCCUGGUGGGAUGGCACCAAAGUCGGGUGAGAACGGCAAUCCAAUGUACACCGUCCAACUCGACACCACUACGGAGCUAAAGGAAAACAUCAAGAAAGAGAAGGAUCGACGGCAAGGCCUGCGCUGGGAUGAUCCCAAGAUGGACACUCAAUGCAACACAGAUCCUAGCACGAGUGAAGAGGAAGCGAUGAAGGCCGAAGAGGCCGAGAAGAUGAGACUAGCCAAGUCGAUGGAGAAGGAUGCCUUUAUCAGGUUUGCACGACUUCCGGCUACCUCUGGGCGAGCAGGUGUCAGUACUGCGAUCGAGGUUCCGGCCACGGCGACGGGAUUGCGGCAGACUACAAGACUAGGCGUCCAGUGA